AGUUAAAGAAAGCUAGUAAGCGCAUGACCUGCCACAAACGGUAUAAAAUACAGAAAAAGGUACGAGAACACAAUAAAAAACUUCGAAAAGAAGCCAAGAAACAUAAACACCGGAAGCCAAAGAAAGAUCCUGGAGUUCCCAAUACUGCCCCAUUUAAAGAAGAGAUUCUUCGGGAAGCUGAACAUAGGAAGCAACAGCGUGAAGAAUUGAAACAGAAGCAAAAACUUGCUCGUCAGAAGGAACUAGAAAAGAAACGCAACCAACAAGCAAAUAAAAAGGAUCCUGGUGAUAAGAAAUCAACUACAAAGCAAAAAAUGAAAUCUAACCAGCAGGUCCAAAAAAAUUCAAAGAAAUCAUUUUGUGGGGAGUUGAAAAAGGUAAUUGAGGCUUCAGAUGUCAUACUUGAAAUCUUGGAUGCUAGAGAUCCUCUAGGCUGUAGGUGUCCACAGGUUGAACAACUUAUUGCUCAGUCUGAGGGAGGAAAAAAAAUACUUUUGGUUUUAAAUAAAAUUGAUCUGAUACCAAAAGAAAACUUAGAGAAUUGGUUAAAUUAUUUAAAUAAAGAUCUUCCAACUAUUGCUUUUAAAUCUGCAAUGCAGAUAAAAGACAGAACUGUGCAAGAGAAAAGAAAUACGAAGAAGAAUAGUGCAUAUCUAGAAGUAUCAAGAGCAAACAAAUGCUUUGGAAGUCAAUGUCUCCUGAAACUUCUCCAGGAAUAUUGUAUGACUAAAGAUAAAGUUAUACAGGUUGGGGUGAUAGGUAAGUUUGCCUUGCCCGUAUGGAGUUCUGUGAAUUAUAGUACAGACAGUACAUAUAGUAAGGACUGCUAUGGAAAUUCAUGCUUGAAAAAAUACAUAAAGUAUUGUAAUUGGUCAUAUUAUACAUUUUUAUGAUGAGGAUGCCUGCUUAUUUAUAAUACUAGAGUGAGAAAUGAGGAUAUAUGCUUUUGUCUUAGUCUCAUGGUGAAGACUUCAGAUCCAACUCUGAUCUUGCUCUAUAGGCAAUUUAAAAAGUGAAAACUUAAUUGGCCCCAGUUACUCUAACUGAUACUUUCAAAGAAUACAAUGUCCAAAAUCAGAAGGCGGAAAUGUACUGCAUUUUAUUCUUCCACUCAGACCUUAUUAUAUUUCAAACCUAAAUGUAAUAGCCAAAUGAGAGGAAGAAGAAAUUGAAAUAAGAAUCUACACCUUUU